AAAUUUAGAAUCAACGAGAAUUGGUACGUUAUUCAAUGUGACUAUUGAGCUCGGUACAGUUGAGUUUUGUAUGGAGAGAGUGUAGUUCGUAUUUGUGAGCCCUCUAUACGAAUCCAUUUCGGCUAGCACACUGAAUAUAACACACAAUUGAAUCGUACCACAACGACGAGAACGAAACAAAAAAAAUAUAUUACAUACAUCCAGAAUUGAAAACCACUUAGUUAGCUGCAAAUUUGAACAUAACACGAAGAAAUUUUUUUUAUCCAAUUUUCACCACGUCGAUUCAUUUUGUAUCUACAAUCUUUUGAUAGAACAAAUACAUUUUAAUUUUUUUUUCUACACAAACUACACCGCAUUCUAACAAUCAACCGUUCGAAUCGAAUAUUUCGUCCAUACUAAAUAUUAAUAACCGAAAUUUUUCGCGGGAAAAACCAACAACACUAUAUAAACAAUAUCAUCAAAACACUAACAGAACAGAGAAAAAAAGAAACGACAACAACAAAUUGAAUACUACAAAACCAAGUGAAACAGUGAAAAAGCAACCAAUUUGAAUCAUGUUUGAAUUUGAAGAUAAUUUAAGUACCGGUUUUCAUGAUGUGUUUCUCUCCAAGUAUAGUGACGCAUCAUGUCCCAUUUUGGAUCUUUACAUAUCGGAUUCGAUGCAGGAUAUGCUCGACAUUGAUAUUCGUACGGAAGUAGCAACAGUGGUUGGUGGUGCCAGUGAAUUUUCGUCGUUGAUGAGCGAAUUGCCGACGCUCGAUUUUGAAACAUCAAAUGAUGGUGAAACGCCAUGGUUGGGCGGACCAAAAUGGUCAUCGACAUCAUCGUCACAUGAUAUGUAUGCUGAUGUUGGCGCCUGUGUAAAUCCAAAUUCCGUGAUGCCCGCCAUAAAUAACAUAAAUGCUGGUUUAACAUCACGAACACUGACAUCGGAUGUGCUUAAUUCACCGAAAUCACAAUUGGAUCUCAAUACGAACACGUUCAAGCCAAGCAGCUCUCCACUGCCUAGUCCGAAGGAGAAAAAGAGCCAUUUGACAUUCUCGCCGAACAUCAUUAAAGUGCCGGUGGUGCAGGAAUCGAAGAAGCAAUCGCUAUUGUGUCAGGCUCAACGCACCAAUGUCGAGGCUAUUAAAAAGGAUCUCAGCAGUGAAAUCAUGAAGGAUGAGAAAAUUUUUACGCAAUUCAAACCGACAAUUACAUCGAUGACCCCGUCAUCAACACCGACCAAUACUAUUAAAUUGGCACCGGGCAUCGGUGGUUUGACAUUUGCCAAUAGCCUUGCAUUUGCCAAGCUGAAAAAUAACAGCAAUACGAAAAUUGUCACCAGCAAUGGCAAUGUGAUUACAACUGCUCAACAGCUCAAAAACCAGCACAUUCGAUCGUCUAGUCCGUCGCAAAAUAUCAACAACAACAUUACGAUCAUUAACAACAAUAACAAUGACAGUAAUCAUUUCCACCGGAAAAUCAUCGAUGAUUCGCCGAAGGUCACAUCCGAAGGAUUUAAAUUUGUUGUGCAAAAUGGCAAAGGCACACUGAUAGCCACAACAUCCAAUGGGCUUACAUCAUCGGUCAAUACGACCACAUUGUCAUCGAUGCAACAGCAUGCCAUUGCAAAUGGAACGGCACUUAAGCCACAGCCACUUAAAUUGAAAAUUGCUGGACCUGAAUUCCCAAAACCAGCUUACUCGUACUCCUGUUUGAUUGCCAUGGCAUUGAAAAAUUCACGGGCUGGCUCAUUGCCUGUGUCGGAGAUCUAUAGUUUUAUGUGCGAGCAUUUCCCAUACUUUAAAACGGCACCAAACGGCUGGAAAAACAGCGUUCGACACAAUUUAUCGCUGAACAAAUGCUUUGAAAAGAUUGAAAAACCAGCCACCAAUGGUGGACAACGUAAAGGUUGCUUGUGGGCAAUGAAUCCAUCGAAAAUCGCAAAAAUGGACGAAGAAGUUCAGAAAUGGUCGCGCAAAGACCCGAUGGCCAUUCGCAAAGCUAUGGUUAUUCCCGAAAAUUUGCCAGCAUUGGAACGUGGUGAAAUGAAGCACGGCAGCUUGAACGAUAGUGACGUCGAACCAGAUGAUACUGAAGAUUCAGAACCAGAAAAUGAAUUGGAAGACUCCAUUGUUAACGGCAUUGUACCUGACGUCGACUCAUGCGACGAAGAAAACAGUCAAAUCGAAAACGAAUACGAUCUUGAUGUCUCCGAUAUGUUUGAUGAGGUUGACAUUGAAGACUCGAAAUCGAUUCAAUUUGCAUUGAAUACCGAGAAUGGUCAAACUGAAUUCUUCGAAAGCGAAGUGCAGCCAGCCGCAAAACGGGCUCGUCUGGACAUCAACUGUUCCAUUGCACCAGCACGAACAUUCAGCAUUUCAAAUAAUGGCACUGCCCAAAUCAUUCAGAAGACAUCGUUUGCUGGCCAUGUGCAACAUCAACUAUUGCAACAACAGCAGAAUCGACGAAAAGUCAUGUUGGUCAACCGAACUGCGUAAAUUUUUUUUUUGAGCAUCUCAGUGGAAAAAUACUGCAUUGAAACGCAUUUGUAAAAAACACACACACAAAAACAAACAAAAAACUAAUUAAUUUGAUUCUACUUAAUUUAAGAUUUGUUGUGAUUUUGGUCUCGCAGCGCCAGCCAUAUCGACACAUGAAGAAUUCGAUGCGACUGCGGCGAGACCGUUCUUUUCGGUGAAAUUCUGUAAAAAUCAUGUGUUUUUAUGAUUUCAUUCUAUAACACCCCACACGAACCACAAUAUGAAAUACAGUUCAAAUUCAAAUAUUUUUUUUCCUAUGAUUUAGGUUUAGUUUGCAAUUUUUUUUCAUAAUUGAUUUUAUUUUUUUUUCAAUUUUCAUUUCCUUACAAAAGAAAAAAAAGAAGAAGAAUUAUUCGCAAAAUAAUUAAAUUUUCUACUAAUUAUUAAGAAUUUAGAAUAUAUGUUCUCGUACGACUUAGUUUCAUUUCUGUAAAUGCAUUUAGUUUUUUUGAAAUCAUUUUUUUUUUUUUUGUGUAAAUUGAAAUCAUUUUGUUACGAGCUAAAGAGACACGCGUAAACAAUGAUGAAAUGAUAAGAAUUGAAUUGAAAUUCGCAAGCGCAACAUUUCAUCUUGGCGCAUAAUGAAUAAUUCAAAUGGAAACAACAACAAAAACUAAUGGAGAUGAUGAUGAUGAAGAAAAAAAAAGAAUUAGAUGUUAAUGCAAAACACACACUUUCUAUUUUGUCAUAAAAAUAAAGUAUAGUAUUUUUUGUACGUUAAAGUGAAAUAACCUUAAA